CCACCGUGUGCAUGGGAGCGGCGCAGAACAGCGGCGGUGGUGGUGGCGGUGACGGCAGUGGUGGUGGUGGUGACGGCAGUGGUUGGUGGUGGCGGUGACGGCAGUGGUGGUGGUGGUGACGGCAGUGGUGGUUGGUGGCGGUGGUGACGGCGGCAGUGGCGGUGGUUGCGGCGGCUCGGGACGACAACGAUCACAGCAAUCAGCCCGUCGCCACCCGAGGAGCGCCGUGGCUCUGCUGCCCUCAAUCUGGCUGGCGCCGGCUGAGGGAUGGCGACAGGGCCGAUGAGUGGCGACAUGGAGGCGACGCCGCCUGGGUUCGUGGAGGAGAUCGACUCCGAAGAGAUCAUCGUGGAGGAGGUGGUGGGAAGAGGAGCGUUUGGAGUGGUGUGCAAAGCCAAGUGGCGGGGCAUGGACGUGGCCAUCAAGCAGAUAGAAAGCGAGUCAGAAAGGAAGGCCUUCAUCGUGGAGCUGCGGCAGCUGUCGAGGGUCAACCAUCCCAACAUAGUGAGGCUGUACGGAGCCUGCCUGAAUCCCGUCUGUCUGGUGAUGGAGUAUGCUGAAGGAGGCUCCCUCUAUAAUGUGCUGCACGGAGCGGAGCCGCUGCCUUACUACACGGCGGCGCACGCCAUGCGCUGGUGCCUGCAGUGCGCGCAGGGCGUGGCCUACCUGCACUGCAUGAAGCCCAAGGCCCUCAUCCACCGUGACCUCAAACCACCCAAUUUGCUGCUCAUAUCUGGAGGGACGAUCUUAAAAAUCUGCGACUUCGGCACGGCCUGCGACAUCCAGACCCACAUGACAAACAACAAGGGCAGCGCUGCGUGGAUGGCCCCAGAGGUGUUUGAAGGCAGCAACUACAGCGAGAAGUGCGACGUGUUCAGCUGGGGCAUCAUCCUGUGGGAAGUCAUCACUCGCCGCAAGCCGUUUGACGAGAUUGGAGGCCCCGCGUUCCGCAUCAUGUGGGCUGUGCACAACGGAACCCGGCCCCCGCUCAUUAAAAACCUGCCCAAGCCGAUCGAGGGCCUCAUGACGCGAUGCUGGGACAAGGAGCCGGCACUCCGGCCGUCCAUGGAGGAGAUCGUGCGCAUUAUGAUACACCUCAUGAAGUACUUCCCGGGAGCGGAGGAGCCCCUGCAGUAUCCGAGCUACAGCUCCGACCUCAGCCAGAGCAACUCGGCCACGAGCACAGAGGUGAUGUCGACGAACACCAGCAACAAGAGCGAUGUCCAGGACCAGGAGAGCCUCCCGUUCACUCUGAGCGACACCGUGCGGCGCCUCGAGUCGAAGCUCAAGCAGAUCAAGGGCGAGGGCGGAGCGAAGCCGGGGCUGUCUCUGUCGCGUGGCUCCAGCGUCGAGUCCCUGGCGCACUCCCGCGCCGGAACGCCGGCCUUCGAGGGACACCGCCUGAGCGCCGACUUUAGCACCCUCACCGAGCUCGAGGGCAAGAUCCUGACGGGCGCCACAUCAGCAUCGAGGCACAAACGGGGCCACCGAAAGACUGCCUCAUUUGGUACCAUCCUGGAGGCCUCUAGCAUGGCACUCCCAGCAUCGGCGGAUCAGUGGCGGCGCUCGGUGCAAGACCUCCCUACGCUGGGGCCCGAUUCCAACCAGGGGAGCCGCAGCAGCAGCCGAUCGUCGAGCCCGGGCGUGCGCAUGAUCACAGGCGGCGUGGGGGCACGCAGCAUCCCCAACACGCCCGACGACUAUACAGACACCAUGGGCUCCGAUAACUCCAUCCCCAUGGCCUACCUCACCCUGGACCAUCAGCUGCAGCCUCUGGCUCCGUGCCCAACCUCCAAGGAGUCGAUGGCAGUCUUCCAGCAGCACUGCAAGAUGGCCCAGGAGUACCUCAAGGUGCAGACGGAGAUCGCCCUGCUGAUGCAGCGCAAGCAGGAGCUGGUGGCCGAGCUGGAACAGGACGAGAAGGAGCAGCAGAACGCGUCACGGCUCGUGCAGGAGUACAAGAAGCUGAUGGAGGAGACCAAGAGCCUCUCCAGCUACCAUCACAAGUGCAAGGCGCAGCUGGAGCGCAUCCGCGUGCAGCAGCAGCAGAAGAGGCAGGGCUCCUCCUGAAAGCGAGCACAGCCCCAGCGCUUUUCGACGACUGCGUGCCACGUUUCCCCGCUGAAGCUCAUUCAUUUGACGCGGAUACCCCACCUUUCCCCCCCGCCCCCUCUGCGUAUUCGGCUCUCUCGUCAAAUGACUGGGCGCCGCUCAUGUGGAUGUUGACCUGGUGUUGAGCACAAAGAGCUGAGAGGGGGGUGGGGGAUGGGGACGAUCUCUGGCUCACAAGGGGUGACUUUUUAAAGUCGCCAAUCACACACACACGGUGGAACACGCCCAAGAGAUGUAGAUAGCAAACUGUCCUUGCCCUAGUUAUGGUUCCCCAUGCCUCGGGGGACAAAAAACGUAAAAUUUCCAAUGGACUUUUACUUUGUUCAGGAUAGGACGAUGAUUUUAAUGAGAUACGCGUUGAUGCAAACUUAUAGCCGAAACAAGCACGUGCAUUUAAGUGCACAGUUUGUAAGAACAUUGUAACUUGUUUGUACCUACGUUAGACUUCUUUCGCAUUCCGUACGGAGCCAACUGCAACAUCGUAGGCGCAAGGGAAGGACGACAAACUGGAGAUGCAGUCACUUAGCAAAUUGCAGUGUUGGAAUGCAGUGCUUACAUAAAUGUCAAUCACCUAAUAGCUCGAAUAGUAGUUCACGUGCUUUAGAAAACAUUGCAAAGCGUGCACCCCGGUAGCAAGUCAAACACAGUUUGUCGUGGGGCCUUUUCAAAUUACACACACGUGUCGAGAUUAAAUAGGUUCGACUGCAUGUUGGGAAGACCCAUAAAGUCCACGUAUAAACACAGUGGCCGUCCUCGACGUUGACAAUUAAGGCUGAACGUGCCAGGUGGCAUUAAAGGAACAAAAAAAUCACAAGUUAUCUUGGUUCCAUUCUUCUUAUGGCGAAUUGGUCCACUUUAGCCAUGCUUUUACAGUGUUUCAGCUUAGGGAAGUAGUUGACAUUUAUUAAUGGGCAAUAGUUGAGAGUGUCACUAUACUGUACAGCUUGGCACAAAAGCUUCCGCUGCCUCGGGCAAUCAUUGGCAAUGUACAUACAGUAAUGCGAGGCUAUAAGAUGGUACUAUAAAGUGGGUUGUCCAGUCAGCUCACCUGAUGUAUUCACUGGAGAUGCAGUCGAGUGUUCGUGACCGAAACAAUUAGUGAUGGAUUUGUCCGGUUUAAACGGCCAGUACGUUUGUAGAAUUUUAGCGGAUGUGUGCAAUUUUAGGAAAGCCUCCGCAUUCGGUCAAAGUCACGUGGCUGUCACACGAUUAAUAAACAAUAAGAUGGUUCACGCUUUG